AUGGGAAGGAGCAAAGUUUUGCAUAUGAAUGCAGGAAAUGGAGAAUGCAGUUAUGCCAGCAGCUCCACCCUUCAGAGAAAGGUAAUAGAAGUGGCAAAACCUGUUUUAGAAGAUGCCAUCAAGAAGAUGUUCAGUAAUAUUGGUGAGUUUCCCAAGUCAUGUUUUAAUAUGGCAGACUUGGGUUGCUCUUCAGGACCAAACACACUUUUCACACUAUCAAAUAUCAUAAACAUUGUACAAGUUUUAUGCGGCGAAAAGAGUUGCAAAAUGCCAGAGUUUCAAGCAUAUCUGAAUGAUCUCCCUGAUAAUGACUUCAACACUAUCUUCAAAUCGAUUCCAUCCUUCUAUCAAACAACAAAUUGUUUCGUAUCAGGCGUUCCAGGUUCCUUUUAUGAGCGGCUAUUUCCUAGCAAAAGCUUGCACUUGGUUCACUCAUCUUACAGUCUUCAUUGGCUAUCUCAGGCUCCUGAAAAGAUUGAAAACAACAACAACAUUUACAUAACAAGGACAAGUCCUCCUCAAGUAUUUGAAGCAUACAUGAAGCAAUUUGACAAGGAUUUCUCAAGGUUUUUGCAAGUACGCUCCGAGGAAAUAGUAACUGGUGGAUACAUGGUCUUAACAUUUAUCGGAAGGGGCAUUCCUGAUCCCUACGGAAAUCACUCAGUUCAUCUGGAUCUUCUAUCAAAGUCAUUCGUUGAUUUAAUACAUGAGGGACUUAUUGAACAGGCAAAACUAGACUCGUUCAAUUAUCCUUUUUAUGCACCAUACAAGGAUGAAGUUGAAAUUGUUCAAAUGGAAGGUUCAUUUGAUGUUGAUACUAUAAAGUUUUUCAAAGUGAACUGGGAUGAGAGGGACAACGAUGAUGAUGCGUAUAGCAGUGGUAAACAUAUAGCAAGAACCAUGAGAGCUGUUUCUGAACAAAUACUUGUUAGCCAUUUCCAAUUCGGAGAUCACAUUGUUGAUUAUUUGUUUGAAAGAUAUGCCUACCAUUUAGCUUGUCAUUUGUUGGUUCAAAAGGGUAAAUUCUCCAACAUUGUCAUAUCUUUAAGAAAGAAAUGACAAAAAGAUGUUGCAAUUUAACAAUACAGUUAAGUACCACACUGGAGUAUU